UUCGUGCAAUCGGUGAUCUUUUGCGCCGUCUUCUUGCUUGAUGUCUCCUGAGCGGCGGUGGUGCCGGGUCGAAGGCUGACUGUUUCGCGCGGCCCUGCGCUCAAGCUGCUUUCUCCUGCUGGUCAGCAGAGCGGACCCUUGCUUCCUUCCUGCCUCUUCUUCCUGCUUGUGGCUCUGUCCACCCGCUGGACUGCAAACCGAGCCCCCGCCCGCCUCGCAGAUUUCCAUGAAGACAACUCACAAGGAGCUGAAUGGCCUCAUUUUAGCUGCUUCAGCGUGUGGAGCUAUUGCUUGCUCCUUCUCUUCCUGUGCCUGGUGUUACAGUGGCUGCUGAGCACCAUGAAGGUUGUUCCAGAGAAAAAUGCUGUCCGCAUACUCUGGGGGCGAGAACGGGGCACUCGGGCCUUUGGAGCUCAGCGGCUUCUGCAGGAGCUGGUGGAAGAUAAAACCCGGUGGAUGAAAUGGGAGGGCAAGAGAGUAGAACUGCCGGAUAGUCCACGCUCUACCUUCUUACUGGCCUUCAGCCCAGACAGGACUCUCUUGGCCUCCACCCAUGUGAACCAUAAUAUCUAUAUUACGGAGGUGAAGACUGGCAAGUGUGUUCAUUCACUGAUUGGACACCGUCGUACUCCAUGGUGUGUCACUUUCCAUCCCACCAUCUCAGGCCUUAUUGCUUCUGGCUGCCUGGAUGGGGAGGUUAGGAUUUGGGAUUUACACGGUGGCAGUGAAAGCUGGUUCACAGAUAGCAACAAUGCCAUUGCCUCUCUGGCUUUCCACCCUACGGCUCAGCUCCUUCUAAUUGCCACUGCCAAUGAGAUCCACUUCUGGGAUUGGAGCCGAAGGGAGCCCUUUGCUGUGGUGAAGACAGCUAGCGAGAUGGAACGGGUCCGUCUGGUGAGAUUUGAUCCUCUUGGACACUACUUACUCACAGCAAUUGUUAACCCCUCUAAUCAGCAGGGUGAUGAUGAACCAGAGAUCCCCAUAGAUGGAACAGAAAUAUCUCACUACCGACAGCGUGCCCUGCUGCAAUCACAGCCAGUUCGCCGGACGCCUCUCCUCCACAAUUUCCUGCACAUGCUGUCCUCUCGCUCCUCUGGCAUCCAGGUGGGAGAGCAAAGCACAGUGCAAGAGUCUGCUACCCCCUCACCCCCACCGCCUCCCCCUCAGCCCUCCAUGGAGCGCCCCAGGACUUCCGCUUACAUCAGGCUCCGACAGCGGGUCAGUUACCCCACAGCUGAGUGCUGCCAGCACCUUGGGAUCCUGUGCCUUUGCAGCCGCUGCUCUGGCACUCGAGUUCCUUCCCUCUUGCCACACCAGGACAGUGUUCCCCCUGCUUCUGCCAGGGCUACUACCCCUUCCUUUUCUUUUGUACAGACCGAGCCCUUCCAUCCCCCGGAGCAGGCCUCAUCAACGCAGCAGGACCAGGGCCUCCUGAACCGGCCGUCUGCCUUCAGUACAGUCCAGAGCAGCACUGCCGGCAACACGCUCCGCAACCUCAGUCUGGGUCCCACCCGUCGCUCUUUGGGAGGCCCUUUGUCUAGCCACCCUUCUAGGUAUCACCGAGAAAUAGCUCCCGGACUGACAGGAUCUGAAUGGACCCGGACAGUGCUCAGUCUGAACUCCCGCUCUGAGGCAGAAUCCAUGCCCCCGCCCAGGACCAGUGCCUCUUCGGUGACUUUGCUGUCUGUGCUGAGGCAGCAGGAAGGUGGCUCUCAAGCAUCUGUGUACACUUCAGCCACAGAAGGGAGGGGUUUUCCAGCUUCAGGGUUGGCAACUGAGUCAGAUGGAGGGAAUGGCUCCAGCCAAAACAACUCAGGCAGCAUUCGCCAUGAGCUUCCAUGUGACCUGAGACGCUUCUUUUUGGAGUAUGACCGGCUUCAGGAGCUGGACCAGAGCCUGAAUGGGGAACCCCCCCAGACCCAACAGGCCCAGGAAAUGCUCAAUAAUAACAUUGAAUCUGAGAGGCCAGGCCCCUCCCACCAGCCCACCCCACACAGCAGUGAGAACAACUCCAACCUGUCCCGUGGUCACCUGAAUCACUGUCGUGCUUGCCACAAUCUGCUAACCUUUAACAACGAUACCCUGCGUUGGGAAAGAACCACACCUAACUACUCCUCUGGCGAGGCCAGCUCCUCCUGGCAGGUCUCCAGUACCUUUGAGGGCAUGCCAUCGAGUGGCAGCCAAUUACCACCUCUUGAGCGGACUGAGGGCCAUACGCCCAGCUCCAGCAGGCUGGAGUUGAGCAGCUCUGCUAGUCCGCAGGAGGAGAGGACUGUGGGGGUGGCCUUCAACCAGGAGACAGGCCACUGGGAAAGAAUUUACACCCAGUCCAGCAGAACUGGAACUGUAUCACAGGAGGCCUUACAUCAGGAUAUGCCUGAGGAAAGUUCUGAGGAAGAUUCACUCAGGAGGAGGCUGCUGGAGUCUUCCCUCAUUUCAUUAUCCCGUUAUGAUGGAGCAGGAUCCAGAGAGCACCCAAUUUACCCAGACCCAGCGAGAUUAUCUCCUGCUGCAUACUACGCUCAGAGGAUGAUCCAGUAUCUUUCACGGAGAGACAGUAUUCGCCAGCGCUCCAUGCGCUACCAACAGAACCGGCUUCGCUCUUCCACCUCCUCCUCUUCCUCAGACAACCAGGGUCCAUCAGUAGAGGGAACCGACUUGGAAUUUGAGGACUUUGAGGACAAUGGUGACAGAUCCAGGCACCGAGCUCCACGCAACGCCCGGAUGUCUGCACCUUCGCUGGGACGCUUUGUACCAAGGCGUUUCUUGCUGCCUGAGUACUUGCCUUAUGCUGGGAUUUUUCAUGAACGUGGACAGCCUGGCUUGGCUACUCACUCUUCUGUUAACAGGGUCCUGGCAGGGGCAGUGAUUGGUGAUGGACAGUCUGCUGUGGCCAGUAAUAUUGCCAAUACCACCUACCGGCUCCAGUGGUGGGACUUCACUAAAUUUGACCUCCCAGAAAUCAGUAAUGCCUCCGUGAAUGUGCUGGUACAGAACUGCAAGAUCUACAAUGAUGCCAGCUGUGACAUUUCUGCAGAUGGCCAACUCCUGGCAGCUUUCAUCCCUAGCAGCCAAAGGGGCUUUCCCGAUGAAGGCAUCCUGGCAGUGUACUCCCUGGCCCCCCACAACUUGGGUGAAAUGCUCUACACCAAGCGAUUUGGUCCCAAUGCCAUUUCGGUGAGCCUGUCCCCAAUGGGCCGGUACGUAAUGGUGGGCUUGGCCUCACGAAGGAUCCUGCUGCACCCCUCCACAGAGCACAUGGUGGCCCAGGUCUUCAGGCUGCAACAGGCCCAUGGUGGCGAGACCUCCAUGCGGAGAGUUUUCAACGUCCUUUAUCCCAUGCCUGCUGACCAGCGGAGACAUGUCAGCAUCAACUCUGCCCGCUGGCUGCCUGAGCCUGGGCUCGGCCUGGCCUAUGGCACCAACAAGGGAGACCUGGUGAUCUGCCGACCAGAAUAAGGAUUAACAAAAAAUAUUUUUUUUACUGAAUAAAUAAAAUAAAAUUCUGAUUAAAAGCCAUGCACUCUCUUCCACAGAAAAACAUACUAAAAGAACACUCAUGUAACUUUGUAACUCUCUUAAGACCUCAGGGAAAGAAUGCAGCUCUGGAUGGGGUUGAUGAUAAGCAUGUCGUGUGAGUGAUGCGGAGAGGGCAGUCUCUCUGUGUUGUCACUAUGGCUGGUCUCUGGCCUAGAAUGAGGAGAACAAAUACAAAUGAGAAUGUAGGAGCUCAGGGCUGUCGUCUCUUUACAAGGUUGCUGCCUCUCCUUGUGUGAUGCAGCUCCCUGGCACACCCGUUCCCAAGGGCACAGGAUCCAGCCAGCCAGCUGGGCUAAGAUUACAGCCCUCCCUCCAAAACAGGUGGUUUCUGCCUUUGUCCCAGGCACAGGCAGCUGCACCUCAUUUUGUGCUCUCAAGUAUACUCCUGAUUUCUCCUUCAUUGUCUUAGCCUCAGUGCUCUCUCCAAGCACAGACGGGUCACAAGCUCCUUGGGCAUCUCUUGGUACUGACACUCUCCCUGACAGUAGAAAAAGACCUAAGGAAACACUCCAUCUCUCUAGGGAAAGAAAUUCUUAGGACCAGUGAGGAGACAAAUAACUGACCCUUCAGCCCCCAUACAAAGCCAUUACGGUGGCUGGUAGCCAAGGCAGUGAGGUGCUCCUUUCUCCUUGGCUUUGCUCCCCCACUGCCACUCCUCCAAGCUGCCGCUCUGCCUCUGGCUGACUGCCAGCCCAGCCAACACCCCCACCAAUAACCACAGUGGGUGUGAAAUACCAGAUUGAUGUGAGGGGGUGCUUGCUCACUUCCGGCUUCAUAGAUCAGCCCUACAAAUGGGAGAGAGGUGCUUCUGGGAAGACCACUUCUCAGAGUCAACUCAGAAGGCAGAAUUCACAGAAAAAAGUAGGCUCGGGCUGUGGGGCAUCUGGCCUUUGGCUGGGUGUGGGGCUCCUGACAGGGUCCCAGCUCUGUCCCCUGAGAGGGAGCUACCACUGUAAACAGUGAUUACAAUCAAGCAUCAUUGACCACAGAGGGGAACGGCACGCCUCUGAAUCAAAAGGGAAGCCACAGCCACUAUCUUUCAGGCUGUCUGUCCCACAAGAGCCAGGUGCCAACUCAUUCCCACGUCAUGGAGACAGCAGGGAUGAAUGCCGGUCUCCUCAAAACGGUCCUUUUCUCCAAGGAGACAGCCAUGCAACCAAUAGAUGAAAGAAGAGUGUUCUCAAAGGGAAUAUUCCCUAGAAGUUGGGAAGUUCAGAGCCAGAGUUCUUUGUGGAGCAUUGUCACCACUGAGGAGGCCAGGCGGGCUCCUGGCUGUGUUCAGAAGCACAGCUUACAGACACUGCUGAAAGAAGCCGGGUGUUAAGAGGAAGUCCAUCUGAAAAGGCUGACCUGACUGGCCUUGCCAUUCGUCUCCAUCCCUUUGUGUGUUUGCUAAGCCCCCAGGAAGAACCUGGAGCAAAUAGUGACUCGUUCAUCCUCAUUAAGCCCCAGGGAGACGGAGGUGGUUAGGACCAUUGGCACUGAAGACUGAGUUUCUGUGGCCAGAGAUGUUCCUUCAACUCUGUUCCUUGGUACCUGGAAUUUUCAAAUCCUUGAAAAUAUUCAAGAUCAGAAUAUUUGAUAUUGGGGAACAGAUAUCAGAAUAUUCCGUUGUAGUUGAGUUUUUCCGACCACAGAAAGGAGCCAUAUCAGGAUUAGAAAUAGACCUGUUGAUGGGGACAGAAAGGCUUGGGGUGAGGGGGGAGGGUGCAGCAGUGCAUCUGAUGCAGUCUAUCAUCCUGUUCUGUUUCAGUGGCCAGAGUCCCCAGCUCUGAGCCAGAUGGGUAGGAAGAGUUUAAGGGGGACCCUUUGACCAUCAGCAUCACACUGACAGUCCCAACUCCGAGUGGGCCUUCAGUGGUUUCUUUCCUGUGAUGGAAAGGAAGGUUCUGGUACAUGGUUUGAUGUGAACAAUUUGUUGUCAGUAACCAGCCCUGGCUGGCAGGAAUUACAGAGGAAGGAUUGGCAGGGGACCCACAUGGUAUUGCCACCUGUCAAUAAAUCCUGACAAGUUUGCAAAUCAGAGGCUCCCUGGCAGCUGGCAGUGAUGGCUUUGUUUUGGAAGGCCUCUGCUGUUGACUUGUGGCAUUUGCCUUUUCCCUAAUACAAGAUCUGCCCCCCUCACCGUCACUCACCCAUGCCCGUGGUUCUCAGACAACCCCACCAAGCAGGUGAGUGUUUGGAAAAGGGAGGAGAUGCUCCAUUUUAAAGGGGUUCCCAGGCCCUCUGGGGAGUUGUUGGGAGGAUUACAUAGAGCAGGGGAAGGAAGAGCACUUUUGGCAGGCUGGGGCACUGUCCCUCCAAAAUCACUAGUGUGCCCUCAGGUGAACCCUGUCCCCAGAAUCUUAGUGAUCCUUUAAAGCAGUGGUUCUCCACCUUCUGUCCCUUUAAAUACAGUUCUUCAUAUUGUGACCUAACCAUAAAAUUAUUUUCGUUGCUACUUCAUAACUGUAAUGUUGCUACUGUUAUGAAUC